AUGACAGAUCCAAUAUUUUCUGUGUCCGGUCCGAGAGAUCAUAUGAAGGCUGCGAUGACCGCUCUGAUGACAUCAGGAGAAAUAGGAAUACAUCCAUCAUUUCGUUCAAUGUUCAGUGAAUGCCCACAGUACCCCAGGAAUAAAUACGGUAACUUAUCAAACAGAUAUUUUAGAGUCAGAGUGCAGAAUGAAUCAUCUGAUACAAAAUCAAUAAAAGCUGGUGUACCUCAGGGUAGUGUACUCGGACCAAUCCUGCCUUCACUAUUAUUUACAUCGCAUAUCCAACAUUCUCAAGAGAUUCCAUCAAAGGAGCAGCCUGAACCUCCAAGGCCAUAUGUGAAAUAUUUUUGCAAUGUUGAAGUUCAGACAGUAUAUAGGGAAUCGUCUUGCCAAACACAUCCCUGGGAUCCACCAUAUCAUGUCCAACCGGGUACAAAACCCGAACUUUUAACUUUAGCAUGGCUGGCUUGGAAAAAGGGUCUCCCUGCUGGUAUGAACGAAAUACAAUUAUUACACCGAGCAAGAAUGCGCAGGGAAUGGGAAGAACAAAUUUAUUUGACUGCGACAGGAUCCAACGACCUCAAUGCCAAAGCCUUGUUGGAGGAAAUAGAAAUUGAACAGUAUAAUUUCAGAGCAAAGGAAAUAGAAGAAAUACAAGAAUAUCGAUUGCAACUCGUCAUGGAAAUUUACAGAAAACGCAAAGAAUCAUUUAGGAGUUAUCACCAACGCAAGUUGAAUGAAAUUUGGGAAAAGAAGAAAGUAUACAGAAAUAUGAAAUUUGUGCAAAUCAAGCGAAAUGCUGACCGAGAAUUUUCCACCUUCGACACAAUGCCAGAUAUUGCAGGGUUCGCCGACCCUGUGUCCGUGUAUGCCGAAUACGCUCGUGAGGUAGGAGUACCAAUAAAUCUUUGGACAGAUGAAAAUCUGGAAAUUAUGCAAUCGGAAGUCGUCAAAGUUCAUUCUCUAUCCGACAAUAAAAAGAAACAUACUACAUACUGCAUCGAUCUUCUGACAAAAAUUGUCAAACCGCCUCAUGUCGCUUGUACUCCUGAAGUUACACGAAUAUCUGAUGAAGAUGAAAAUGAGUACCAGGCAAUCAUCCUCCUCCAAAAACUUCUCAAAGGAAGAGCCAUACAUGGAUUUAUGUUUAAUGGAAGAGCAACAGCAAUGGAGACCAUUACUGAAUUACGAUCUACACAUAAUCCUUUACUCUCACGUGUGCCGUCUAGAAGAAUAGUUGGAAAACAGAAGAGAUUCCAACUUGGAUACCUUCAAGGGGUCAGUAAGAUACGCCAACCUGCCCUGUUCGUGGAGGCGAGCUCCCUUGGCCAAAUGGUCGAUCUCCUGCACAAAGAAGUGUUGCGUUUGGAAGACGAGCAAUCAACGUACGCUCUUCGCAUGCUUGCGAAACGCAUGAGGUGGCUCAGAGAGGCGAGGGAAGCUGGACAACGACAGAAGGAAGAAUCCAGAAGGAGCGAAGCCGAUUUCAUAUACAGAAUGGAUAAUGUGAAAAUCCAUCAAGACAUUAUCGAUUUAUACCUCAACGAUAUUAUAGUCGAUGGUAUCGAUAAGUUAUCCGCACAAGAAGCCAAGGAUUAUGUAACUCAUUUGGCCCUAAAGCUAGAUGAAACUGAAAGAGAAGGACUGUCGUCUGAUUUGGACGACAUCACUAUGAUAACAGAAUGUGUACAUCAGUUUAUAGCUCCAGAAAUAGAAAAGCAAUUAAUUAGGGAUCAAUUAAAACAGAGACAAUCCAAACACAUUGCAGUUGCACACGAAUUAGUGUUCUCGACAAUGACGGAUUUGCAGAAAUUUGGAUUUACGGGGGAAUCAUGUAGUAAAUCGUCAACGUUUAUAGAAACGGAAUCUAGUGAGGCCUUGAGCAUCGUUAGAAAAAUAGAAAGUGAAAUAUUAAAAGGUUCAGUUGACAAACCUCCUGAGAAUGAUCUGAAACUAAUUAAACAAAUAGAAACGGAAUUAAUGAAGAUUUCAUCUUCAUCAGAUGAUACAGAUUUAAUGAAGGUUUCUUCUUCAUCAGAAGAAAUGGAGUUAAUGAAAGUUUCAUCUUCAUCAGAAGAUAACAGAGAAUUUAGAACAGGACCCUUAUCAGCUAUAAAAGAAGUUGAUGAAGACGAAAUCACUGAUUCCCAAACCGAAGACCUAAGCAAAACAACAACAAGAAGCACAGAUGAUACAGAAUAUGAUACCAGGUCAUAA